AUGGCGGACACAUCUCUUAUGGGACAUAGCAGUGAUGUAAGUACACAAGCACUAAUUAGUCAAUUCUAGGAUUUUAAAUUUGUAGUUGAUGUUUUUUUUUUCUGACAUCUGCAGAAAUCGUUUUUUUUUCAAUUUUGUGCUCAAUGCAGCCCCGGCCAUAUUUCUAUUAUAAUCAGGUGUGAUAAGACGUUAACAAAGGCACUUGCAAUGAAUAUACCUGACUAUCACUGAACAUGCUCCAAAUAGUUCUGUUUUACUGGUGCUAGUUAGGUCUGAGAAUGCUGUUUUGUUUGAAUUUCACCAAUAAACGAAGUGCCACGUCACAAUAUUUCGAAAAAUUGGAAGCAAACAUUUCUGAAAAAAAUCUAUCAAAGCUUGAGAAAAUGUGAAUAUUUCCCGUCGAUAUCUGAAAAACAGUUUUUUUUGGGUACAAACUAGAAAUCAAAUACGAUCAUAUCUGACUAUUGUCUGUAACAAUUUUUGGCAAUGACUCACAAAUCUCUGACUCACAUAGAUUGGGUUUUUUGGUUGUGAUGAUUCAUAUCGCUGUUUUUGAAGCUAACAUUUACUUUUAAAAAAUGUUUCAGUUUUGAGACUCUGAGCUUAUAUGAUAGUGCUACGUUUUUAGGGUCCCAAAUACGAAAAGCUGAGAAACGAAGGGUAUUGUGAGUCGCAUCCCGACACAAUGCCAGAUACUCCCAAGAAGACGUUUCUGAAUUCGAUAUGGGAAAAGCUCAAGGUGACUAACUCUGACAGUUUUCAGAAAAAAUGUGUAAAACUAGAUUUCAGAUCAAGAAGACCGCUGUCCAAGUCAAAGAAAAAGAGACUGUCUCUGUGCAGCAACCAACAAACAUAUUUUACGAUGAUUUCGACGUUAGUCAAAUAGAUCAAAAGUUAUCCCACAUUCUUAUUUUUAGAUCAAUCCAGCUUUAGAUCCGGUGUUCCCAUCCGCGGUAUGUUUUUCAGUAUUCCACCUUCACUCCCAUCAUGAUUGUUUAUUUCCCUUGUUUAUUUUAUUGCUACUUUUUUCUUUCUCGCAGACUUCUCUUGCAACUGGCUCAUUUUCGGUUUCUCAGUUGCUUCCUGAAAACGUGCACAAUGACUCUGCGGACUACGCGAACCAGCCCUCCCUCCAGAAGUUGACAAAUCCGAUGAAUGAAGGCGGAUCAUACGGCAACUUAGGCUUUUCCGUGCGUCAGGUAGAUGUUUUCAUGUUUGUACAAAACAAACUCUUAUACGUAAAUAACAUACUUUCAAAAUGUUGGCCGAGGAUUUUGCUGGCCCGGUCCGGUCUGGAAAUUACACCUUGAGCGAAUUUUUUGCGAAAAAUUGAAAAAUAUGUGCGGAAAAGUCUCUGAAAAAGCACUAAAAAUUUUUUUUAGACGGGUUGGAACCUGCCGGGUCGACCGGAGAAUUUCAAGUUUCGAUCCGGCUCGGCCCGUUGCAAUAAACACAUCUAUUAUUAUAGUUUAUAAGCGGGAAAAAUCGGACUGUGACCACAUAUGCCAGAUGUGAAAUUAUAAACUUCUCAUCCCAUUUUUCCUAUUUUAAUUCACAAUUCGCUUCUAUUCACUCUAAUGGAUAUCAAAACAGCAUCUGAUGACGCAGAACUGCCCGUUCGACUUUGUUCUCCAGUUUUAAAAUAACAGAAGGGAUAUUUUCAGACCAGCAACGCGCCUCUGAAGCAGCAUCAAUCUGCUUCGGUCUCCGUUUUGUCCGGAUCUCGUCCGCAGCUCACGCGUCAGGUGAGGAAGAAUAGCAAAACCUUAUGAAAUUCCACAAUUUCAUCUGAUUAUUUUCAGAAAAACGGUACGUGUCAGGAGCAGAAUAAAUCUUCCGCUUCCUCCGCUUGUUUUGCUCUUCGUCCACAGUUAACGCGUCAGGUAAGCGUCAAUAAAAGAAAAACUUGAGACAGUUGUAUUUUUGACUGAUAAUUUCAGGUUAACCAUAUGAUUCUGAAAAAGCAGAAUUCUGCCUCGGACCCCAUUUCGUACGCUUCUCGCCCGCAGCUUAGACGUCAGGUAAGCAAAAAUAACAAAAAUCAUUACAGUUAUCGUGUUUAAUUUGAUAGAAAGGCACUCUAAGGCUGUAUUCUUCAAAUUGUGUAGAAUAAUGGAGAUUUUUACAUUAACAUUUGUCAUUAUUUUCAGCUAAAAGCUAAAACGGAAUCUUCUUGCUUUUAUAAUACAAGUAUUUGAAGUUUAGUGAAUAUCUCUUCCAGAAUGCUGUCGCCAUAGAUGUUUCGCCGACCACAUUUGAUGAGCAGUGGAACGUUCUGGUAAAUAACAUGAUUUUGUGAGAAUUUGAAAGAAAUUCAAAAUGUUGAAGGUGGCCGACAGUAGUGAUACCAAAGCAAAGGGGGAGUGA